UGUAGACAGAAGGACUGUACGCAUGCAGCCCAACACCGGGAGGACGAACGUUCAAGAUAUUUUUUGUUUCAAACACGCGUCCAUGUCUACUCAGACACAAAAAAACAAUUCAGCAGACCAAAGUUUACACUGCUGGGGAUUUGCCCAAAGAAGGUCAUUGAAAACUGGACGGGAUCAUCUGUGUUCUGCUAGCAACAUGGACCUCGGACUUCCAGUUAGUUCUGGCUGUGCUGAGACACAUCAGGUUGACCUGAGAGCGAUGGUGACAGUAGAAGAUAUAAAAGAGGAGGAAUAUGAUCACAUGAUUUCAUGUCCCAGAGUCCCAGAGUCCAACUUAAGUUACAAUGAAACACAACAGACAGCAGCAGAGAUUGAGGUGAAGAUUGAAGAAGAAGAGGAGGAGGAGUUCAACGUUAGUUACAAUGAAACACAACAGACAGCAGCGGAGAUUGAAGUGAAGAUUGAGGAAGAAGAAGGAGAAGAAGAAGAAGAAGAUGAGUUCAACAUUAGUUACAAUGAAACACAAGAGACAGCAGCGGAGAUUGAAGUGAAGAUUGAAGAAGAUGAAGAAGUGAAUGAAGAGGAGGAAGAAGAAGAAGAAGAAGAGGAGGAUGAGGAAGAAGAAGAAGAAGAGGAAGAAGAGCAGCAUGACGAGCCCGGCUGUCUGCUGGAAAGUGUAUCAGACCACUCAUAUGCAAUGAAACAGCAGAUCCAUGGACAGAAUGAUGGACUCAACCUGCAGCUGCAAGGAAGGCUGCACCACUGCACCGUGUGCAGGAAGAGCUUCACCACACUUUCUGAACUCGAGGAACACCAGCAAACACACUUGCUUGGUGUUGAUCAAAGGCAGAGAACUGGCAAAAGGCCACAUCAAUGUGUCUACUGUGGAAAAGCAUGGACAAGACCGUCAGAUCUGAAACGCCACAUAUUUUCACACACUGGAGAAAAGCCUCAUCAAUGUGCCCAGUGUGGAAAAGCUUUUGCACUUAUGCGCACUCUUACAAGGCAUAUUUGGACUCACACUGGAGAGAAACCACAUAAAUGUGCCGAAUGUGGAAAAGUGUUUACACAGCUCUCAACUCUUAAAAACCACAUGCUUACACAUACUGGAGAGAAGCCACAAGAGAAACAUCAGCAAACAAACUGUCCUGGUGUUGAUAAAAGGCAGAGAAGUGUUAAAAGGGCACAUAAAUGUGUCUAUUGUGGAAAAGCAUUUAGAUGUCCCACAGAUCUGAAAUCCCACAUACGUUCACACACUGGAGAAAAGCCUCAUCAAUGUGCCCAGUGUGGAAAAGCUUUUGGACAAAAGGCCACUCUUAAAAGCCAUAGUUUGACUCACACUGAAGAGAAACCACAUCAAUGUGCCCAAUGUGGAAAAGUGUUUAGACUCCCCUCAACUCUUAAAAAACACAUGCAAACACAUACUGGAGAGAAGCCACAUAGAUGUGUCUUAUGUGGAAAAUCUUUCUCAUUAAGUUUCUCUCUUAAGAAACAUAUUUUGAUUCACAAUAGAGAAAAGCCUCAUAAAUGUUCUCAGUGUGGAAAAGCUUUUAGACAGCUCUCAACUCUUCGACGCCACAUAUUCAUACACACUGGAGAGAAGCCUCAUGAAUGCACCCAGUGUGGAAAAGCUUUUUCAGUGCGUUCAAGUCUUACAACCCACAUGCGAGAACACACUGGAGAUAAAACUCAUCAAUGUACCCAAUGUGGAAAAGCUUUUACCACCAACUACGCUCUUAAGAAGCACAUGCGCAUACAUACUGGAGAGAAGCCUUACGUAUGUGCGAAGUGUGGAAAAGCUUUUUCACAAAGUUCAACUCUUAAAAAGCACAUGGUAGUACACUCUGAAGAUAAAACUCAUCAAUGUAUCCAGUGUGAAAAAGCUUUUACCGCCAGCUCAUAUCUUAAAAGCCACAUGCGCAUACAUACUGGAGAGAAGCCUUAUAAAUGUGCGAAGUGUGGAAAAGCUUUUUCACAAAGUUCAAGUCUUAAAAACCACAAGCUAAUACACACUGGAGAUAAAACUAAUCAAUGUACCCAGUGUGGAGAAACUUUUACCACCAACCAGAGUCUCAAAAAGCACAUGCUAAUACAUACUGGAGAUAAAACUCGUCAAUGUACCCAAUGUGGUAAAGCUUGUGCCACCAACUAUAGACUCAAAAAGCACAUGCUAGUACACACUACAGUGACAUAUCAACAACUUCCAACUAGCCUCAUUAACACAGUGAAUGGCACGCUGUUUUUGGAAGCUUUGUCCCAGAGUGCCAGGAAUUCUCUCAGACACAGGGAUAUUCAAAUACCACACCCAGUCCACCCAAAACCGGUAGAACUAGAACGUUCGUGGCAACCUUUUAUAUUGGUUCAAGAUAUUUUGUUGUUUCAAACACGCGUCCAUGUCAACUCAGACACUAAAAACAAUUCAUCAGACCAAAGUUUACACAGCUGGGGACUUGCCCAAAGAAGGUCAUUGAAAACUGGACGGGAUCAUCUGUGUUCUGCUAGCAACAUGGACCUCGGACUUCCAGUUAGUUCUGGCUGUGCUGAGACACAUCAGGUGGACCUGAGAGCGAUGGUGAAAGAAGAAGAUAUAAAAGAGGAGGAAUAUGGUCACAUGAUUUCAUGUCCAGAUGAGGGAGAAAAGCCCUUUGCAGAGCUUCACUGUAAAUCUGAAACAGACAACCCAGAGUCCAACUUUACUUACAAUGAAACACAACAGACAGCAGCGGAAAUUGAAGUUAAGAUUGAAGUAGAAGAAGAAGAAGAAGAAGAAGUGAUUAAGGAGGAGGAGGAGGAAGAAGACGAGGAGGAAGAAGAAGAGGAGAAGGAGGAAGAGGAGUUGGAGGAAGAGGAAGAAGAGGAGGAGGAAGAGGAAGAAGAGGAGGAGGAGCAUGACGAGCCCGGCUGUCUGCUGGAAAGUGUAUCAGACCACUCACAUGCAGUGCAACAGCAGAUCCAUGGGCAGAAUGAUGAACUCAACCUGCAGCUGCAAGGAAGGCUGCACCACUGCAUUGCAUGCACGAAGGGCUUCACCAAACUUUCUGAACUGGAGAAACAUCAGCAAACACACUGUCCUGGUGUUGAUAAAAGGCAGAGAACUGUUAAAAGGGCACAUACAUGUGCCUAUUGUGGAAAAGCAUUUAGAAACCCCACAGAUCUGAAACGCCACAUACUUUCACACACUGGAGAAAAGCCUCAUCAAUGUGCCCAGUGUGGAAAAGGUUUUUCACAUAUGCGCUCUCUUGAAAUCCAUGUUCCGACUCACAGUGGAGAGAAAGCACAUAAAUGUGCCCAAUGUGGAAAAAUGUUUACACACCUCUCAAGUCUCAAACACCACAUGUGGGUACAUACUGGAGAGAAGCCACAUCAAUGUGUCUUUUGUGGAAAAGCUUUCUCACACCCUUUCUCUCUUAAAAAACAUAUUUUGAUUCACACUGGAGAGAAGCCUCAUGAAUGUGUCCGUUGUGGAAAAGCUUUUACACAACUCUCAGGUCUCAGAAGCCACAUGCUAACACACACUGGAGAGAAGCCUCACAAAUGUGUCGAGUGUGGAAAAGCUUUUUCACAUCGGUUCACUCUUAAACAACAUAUGUUAAUACACACUGGAGAGAAACCUCAUGGAUGUUCCCAGUGUGGAAAAGCUUUCUCAACUCUCAAAGGUCUUAAAAGACACAUCCUUGUACACAUGGUAGAGAAGAGUCAUAAAUGUAUCCAGUGUGGAAAAGAUUUUUCAGAUGUUUCUAAUCUUAAAAUCCACAUGCUAAUACACACUGGAGAGAAGCCUCAUGAAUGUACCCAGUGUGGAAAGCCCUUUAGACACCACACAAAUCUUAAACGUCACAUGUUCAUACAUUGGAGAGAAGCCUCAUGAAUGUACCAAGUGUGG